AUGAGUGUUGGCCGGAGGAAGCUGGCCCCGCUCUGGGCCCUGGCUCUCGCUCUGGCAUGCACCCGGCACACAGGCCAUGCCCAGGAUGGCUCCUCCGAAUCCAGCUACAAGCACCACCCUGCCCUCUCUCCUAUCGCCCGGGGGCCCGGCGCGGACCCGCUCCGUGGGGCGACUGUCUUCCCAUCUCUGAGGACCAUCCCUGUGGUACGAGCCUCCAACACGGCGCACAACGGGCGGGUGUGCAGCACCUGGGGCAGCUUCCACUACAAGACCUUCGACGGCGACGUCUUCCGCUUCCCCGGCCUCUGCAACUAUGUGUUCUCCGAGCACUGCGGCGCCGCCUACGAGGACUUCAACAUCCAGCUACGCCGCAGCCAGGAGUCAGCGGCCCCCACGCUGAGCAGGGUCCUCAUGAAGGUGGAUGGCGUGGUCAUCCAGCUGACCAAGGGCUCCGUCCUGGUCAACGGCCACCCGGUCCUUCUGCCCUUCAGCCAGUCUGGGGUCCUCAUUCAGCAGAGCAGCAGCUACACCAAGGUGGAGGCCAGGCUGGGCCUUGUCCUCAUGUGGAACCACGAUGACAGCCUGCUGCUGGAGCUGGACACCAAAUACGCCAACAAGACCUGUGGGCUCUGUGGGGACUUCAACGGGAUGCCCGUGGUCAGCGAGCUCCUCUCCCACAACACCAAGCUGACACCCAUGGAAUUCGGGAACCUGCAGAAGAUGGACGACCCCACGGAGCAGUGUCAGGACCCUGUCCCUGAACCCCCGAGGAACUGCUCCACUGGCUUUGGCAUCUGUGAGGAGCUCCUGCACGGCCAGCUGUUCUCUGGCUGCGUGGCCCUGGUGGAUGUCGGCAGCUACCUGGAGGCCUGCAGGCAAGACCUCUGCUUCUGUGAAGACACCGACCUGCUCAGCUGCGUCUGCCACACCCUUGCCGAGUACUCCCGGCAGUGCACCCAUGCAGGGGGGUUGCCCCAGGACUGGCGGGGCCCUGACUUCUGCCCCCAGAAGUGCCCCAACAACAUGCAGUACCACGAGUGCCGCUCCCCCUGUGCAGACACCUGCUCCAACCAGGAGCACUCCCGGGCCUGUGAGGACCACUGUGUGGCCGGCUGCUUCUGCCCUGAGGGGACGGUGCUUGACGACGUCGGCCAGACCGGCUGUGUCCCUGUGUCAAAGUGUGCCUGCGUCUACAAUGGGGCUGCCUAUGCCCCAGGGGCCACCUACUCCACAGACUGCACCAACUGCACCUGCUCCGGAGGCCGGUGGAGCUGCCAGGAGGUUCCGUGCCCGGGUACCUGCUCUGUGCUUGGAGGUGCUCACUUCUCAACGUUUGAUGGGAAGCAAUACACGGUGCACGGCGACUGCAGCUAUGUGCUGACCAAGCCCUGUGACAGCAGUGCCUUCACUGUACUGGCUGAGCUGCGCAGGUGUGGGCUGACGGACAGCGAGACCUGCCUGAAGAGCGUGACACUGAGCCUGGACGGGGCGCAGACGGUGGUGGUGAUCAAGGCCAGUGGGGAAGUGUUCCUGAACCAGAUCUACACCCAGCUGCCCAUCUCUGCAGCCAACGUCACCAUCUUCAGACCCUCAACCUUCUUCAUCAUCGCCCAGACCAGCCUGGGCCUGCAGCUGAACCUGCAGCUGGUGCCCACCAUGCAGCUGUUCAUGCAGCUGGCGCCCAAGCUCCGUGGGCAGACCUGCGGUCUCUGUGGGAACUUCAACAGCAUCCAGGCCGAUGACUUCCGGACCCUCAGUGGGGUGGUGGAGGCCACGGCUGCGGCCUUCUUCAACACCUUCAAGACCCAGGCCGCCUGCCCCAACAUCAGGAACAGCUUCGAGGACCCCUGCUCUCUGAGCGUGGAGAAUGAGAAGUAUGCUCAGCACUGGUGCUCGCAGCUGACCGAUGCCGACGGCCCCUUCAGCCGGUGCCAUGCUGCCGUGAAGCCGGGCACCUACUACUCGAACUGCAUGUUUGACACCUGCAACUGUGAGCGGAGCGAGGACUGCCUGUGCGCCGCACUGUCCUCCUACGUGCACGCCUGUGCCGCCAAGGGCGUGCAGCUCAGCGGCUGGAGGGAUGGCAUCUGCACGAAGCCCAUGACCACUUGCCCCAAGUCAAUGACGUACCACUACCAUGUCAGCACCUGCCAGCCCACCUGCCGCUCCCUGAGCGAGGGGGACAUCACCUGCAGUGUUGGCUUCAUCCCCGUGGAUGGCUGCAUCUGUCCCAAGGGCACCUUCCUGGACGACACGGGCAAGUGUGUGCAGGCCAGCAACUGUCCCUGCUACCACAGGGGCUCCAUGAUCCCCAAUGGGGAGUCGGUGCACGAUAGCGGGGCUAUCUGCACCUGCACACAUGGGAAGCUGAGCUGCAUCGGAGGCCAAGCCCCCACCCCAGUGUGUGCUGCGCCCAUGGUGUUCUUUGACUGCCGAAAUGCCACGCCCGGGGACACAGGGGCUGGCUGUCAGAAGAGCUGCCACACCCUGGACAUGACCUGUUACAGCCCCCAGUGUGUGCCUGGCUGCGUGUGCCCUGAUGGGCUGGUGGCGGAUGGUGAGGGCGGCUGCAUCACUGCGGAGGACUGCCCCUGCGUGCACAAUGAGGCCAGCUACCGGGCCGGCCAGACCAUCCGGAUGGGCUGCAACACCUGCACCUGUGACAGCAGGAUGUGGCGGUGCACAGAUGACCCCUGCCUAGCCACCUGCGCUGUGUACGGGGACGGCCACUACCUCACCUUCGACGGACAGAGCUACAGCUUCAACGGAGACUGCGAGUACACGCUGGUGCAGAACCACUGUGGCGGGAAAGACAGCAUCCAGGACUCCUUCCGUGUUGUCACCGAGAACGUCCCCUGCGGCACUACAGGGACCACCUGCUCCAAGGCCAUCAAGAUUUUCCUGGGGGGCUUUGAGCUGAAGCUAAGCCAUGGGAAGGUGGAGGUGAUCGGGACGGACGAGAGCCAGGAGGUGCCAUACACCAUCCGGCAGAUGGGCAUCUACCUGGUGGUGGACACCGACAUUGGCCUGGUGCUGCUGUGGGACAAGAAGACCAGCAUCUUCAUCAACCUCAGCCCCGAGUUCAAGGGCAGAGUCUGCGGCCUGUGUGGGAACUUCGACGACAUCGCCGUUAAUGACUUUGCCACGCGGAGCCAGUCCGUGGUGGGGGACGUGCUAGAGUUUGGGAACAGCUGGAAGCUCUCCCCCUCCUGCCCAGAUGCCCUGGCGCCCAAGGACCCCUGCACGGCCAACCCCUUCCGCAAGUCCUGGGCCCAGAAGCAGUGCAGCAUCCUCCACGGCCCCACCUUCGCCGCCUGCCACGCACACGUGGAGCCGGCCAGGUACUACGAGGCCUGCGUGAACGACGCGUGCGCCUGCGACUCAGGGGGUGACUGCGAGUGCUUCUGCACGGCUGUGGCCGCCUACGCCCAGGCCUGCCAUGAAGUAGGCCUGUGUGUGUCCUGGCGGACCCCGAGCAUCUGCCCUCUGUUCUGCGACUACUACAACCCCGAAGGCCAGUGCGAGUGGCACUACCAGCCCUGUGGGGCGCCCUGCCUGCGCACCUGCCGGAACCCCCGCGGAGACUGCCUGCGGGACGUCCGGGGCCUGGAAGGCUGCUACCCCAAGUGCCCACCAGAGGCUCCCAUCUUUGAUGAGGACAAGAUGCAGUGUGUGGCCACCUGCCCAACCCCGCCUCUGCCACCACGGUGCCACGUCCAUGGGAAGUCCUACUGGCCAGGUGCAGUGGUGCCCUCGGACAAGAACUGCCAGUCCUGCCUUUGUACGGAGCUCGGCGUGGAGUGCACCUACAAAGCUGAGGCCUGUGUCUGCACCUACAAUGGACAGCGCUUCCACCCAGGGGACGUCAUCUACCACACGACGGACGGCACGGGUGGCUGCAUCUCCGCCCGCUGCGGGGCCAACGGCACCAUUGAGAGGAGGGUCUACCCCUGCAGCCCCACCACCCCUGUCCCCCCAACCACCUUCUCCUUCUCCACACCCCCGCUCGUCGUGAGCUCCACGCACGCCCCCAGCAAUGGCCCAAGCAGCGCGCACACAGGCCCUCCGAGCAGCGCCUGGCCCACCACAGCAGGCACUUCUCCCAGGACGAGGCUGCCCACAGCCUCUGCCUCGCUGCCGCCGGUCUGUGGGGAAAAGUGCCUGUGGUCGCCAUGGAUGGACGUCAGCCGCCCUGGACGGGGCGCGGACAGCGGUGACUUCGACACACUGGAGAACCUCCGUGCCCAUGGGUACCGGGUGUGCGAAUCACCCAGGUCGGUGGAGUGCCGAGCCGAGGACGCCCCCGGAGUGCCGCUCCAAGCCCUGGGGCAGCAUGUGCAGUGCAGCCCGGACGUGGGGCUGACCUGUCAUAACAGGGAGCAGGCAUCGGGGCUCUGCUACAACUACCAGAUCAGGGUCCAGUGCUGCACGCCCCUAGCCUGCUCCACCUCUAGCAGUCCAGCCCAGACCACUCCUCCAACUACCUCCAAGACCACUGAAACACGGGCCUCAGGCUCCUCAGCCCCCAGCAGCACACCUGGCACUGUGGCUCUCUCAACAGCCAGGACGACACCUGCCCCAGGUACCGCUACGUCUGUCAAAAAAACUUUCUCAACUCCCAGCCCUCCGCCAGUGCCGGCAACAUCAACAUCAUCCAUGUCGACCACGGCCCCGGGGACCUCCGUGGUCUCCAGCAAGCCCACCCCCACAGAGCCCAGCACAUCCUCCUGCCUGCAGGAGCUUUGCACCUGGACCGAGUGGAUCGACGGCAGCUAUCCUGCUCCCGGAAUAAAUGGUGGAGAUUUUGACACAUUUCAAAAUUUGAGAGACGAAGGAUACACAUUCUGUGAAAGUCCUCGAAGCGUGCAGUGCCGGGCAGAGAGCUUCCCCAACACGCCGCUGGCAGACCUGGGGCAGGACGUCAUCUGCAGCCGCACGGAGGGGCUGAUUUGCCUGAACAAGAACCAGCUCCCACCCAUCUGCUACAACUAUGAGAUCCGCAUCCAGUGUUGCGAGACGGUGAACGUGUGCAGAGACAUCACCAGACCGCCAAAGACCGUCGCAACCACACGGCCGACUCCACAUCCAACCGGAGCUCAGACCCAGACCACCUUCACCACACACAUGCCCUCGGCCUCCACAGAGCCACCCACGGCAACCUCCAGGGGUGGGCCCACAGCAACCAGCGUCACACAGGGCACCCACACCAGACCAGUCACCAGAGACUGUCAUCCCCGGUGCACCUGGACCAAGUGGUUCGACGUGGACUUUCCAUCCCCCGGACCCCACGGCGGGGACAAGGAAACCUACAACAACAUCAUCAGGAGUGGGGAAAAAAUCUGCCGCCGACCUGAGGAGAUCACCAGGCUCCAGUGCCGAGCCGAGAGCCACCCGGAGGUGAGCAUCGAACACCUGGGCCAGGUGGUGCAGUGCAGCCGUGAAGAGGGCCUGGUGUGCCGGAACCAGGACCAGCAGGGACCCUUCAAGAUGUGCCUCAACUACGAGGUGCGCGUGCUCUGCUGCGAGACCCCCAGAGGCUGCCCCGUGACCUCCACACCUGUGACAGCUCCUAGCACCCCUACCAGAACAACCUCUGCUCCUACAACCAGCACAACCUCCACUCCACAGACCAGCACAACCUCUGCCCCUACAACCAGCACAAUCCCUGCUUCUACACCCAGCACAACCUCUGCUCCUACAACCAGCACAACCUCUGCCCCAACAACCAGCACUUCUGCCUCUACAACCAGCACAACCCCUGGUCCUGGAACCACUCCCAGCCCUGUUCCCACCACCAGCACAGCCUCUGUUUCAAAGACCAGCACAAGCCAUGUUUCUGUAUCCAAGACAACCCACUCCCAACCAGUCACCAGAGACUGUCAUCCCCGGUGCACCUGGACCAAGUGGUUUGACGUGGACUUCCCGUCCCCUGGACCCCACGGCGGGGACAAGGAAACCUACAACAACAUCAUCAGGAGUGGGGAAAAAAUCUGCCGCCGACCUGAGGAGAUCACCAGGCUCCAGUGCCGAGCCGAGAGCCACCCGGAGGUGAGCAUCGAACACCUGGGCCAGAUGGUGCAGUGCAGCCGUGAAGAGGGCCUGGUGUGCCGGAACCAGGACCAGCAGGGACCCUUCAAGAUGUGCCUCAACUACGAGGUGCGUGUGCUCUGCUGUGAGACCCCCAGAGGCUGCCCCGUGACCUCCACACCUGUGACAGCUCCUAGCACCCCUAGUGGGAGAGCCACCACUGCUACAAGCAGCACAACCUCCGGUUCUGGAACUACUCCCAGCCCCGUUCCCACCACCAGCACAGCCUCUGUUUCAAAGACCAGCACAAGCCAUGUUUCUGUAUCCAAGACAACCCACUCCCAACCAGUCACCAGAGACUGUCAUCCCCGGUGCACCUGGACCAAGUGGUUUGACGUGGACUUCCCGUCCCCUGGACCCCACGGCGGGGACAAGGAAACCUACAACAACAUCAUCAGGAGUGGGGAAAAAAUCUGCCGCCGACCUGAGGAGAUCACCAGGCUCCAGUGCCGAGCCGAGAGCCACCCGGAGGUGAGCAUCGAACACCUGGGCCAGGUGGUGCAGUGCAGCCGUGAAGAGGGCCUGGUGUGCCGGAACCAGGACCAGCAGGGACCCUUCAAGAUGUGCCUCAACUACGAGGUGCGUGUGCUCUGCUGCGAGACCCCCAGAGGCUGCCCUGUGACCUCCACACCUGUGACAGCUCCUAGCACCCCUAGUGGGAGAGCCACCAGCCCCACUCAGAGCACUUCCUCUUGGCAGAAAUCCAGGACAAACACUUUGGUGACAACCAGCACAACCUCCACUCCACAGACCAGCACAACCUCUGCCCCUACAACCAGCACAACCUCUGCUCCUACAGCCAGAACAACCUCUGCUCCCACCACCAGCACAACCUCUGCUCCUACAACCAGCACAACCUCUGGUCCUGGAACUACUCCCAGCCCUGUUCCCACCACCAGCACAACCUCUGCUCCUACAACCAGCACAACCUCUGCCUCUACAGCCAGCACAACCUCUGGUCCUGGAACUACUCCCAGCCCUGUUCCCACCACCAGCACAACCUCUGCUCCUACAACCAGAACAACCUCUGCCUCUACAGCCAGCACAACCUCUGGUCCUGGAACUACUCCCAGCCCUGUUCCCACCACCAGCACAACCUCUGCUCCUACAACCAGAACAACCCCUGCCUCUACAGCCAGCACAACCUCUGGUCCUGGAACUACUCCCAGCCCUGUUCCCACCACCAGCACAACCUCUGCUCCUACAACCAGCACAACCUCUGGUCCUGGAACUACUCCCAGCCCUGUUCCCACCACCAGCACAACCUCUGCUCCUACAACCAGAACAACCUCUGCCUCUACAGCCAGCACAACCUCUGGUCCUGGAACUACUCCCAGCCCUGUUCCCACCACCAGCACAACCUCUGCUCCUACAACCAGAACAACCUCUGCCUCUACAGCCAGCACAACCUCUGGUCCUGGAACUACUCCCAGCCCUGUUCCCACCACCAGCACAACCUCUGCUCCUACAACCAGAACAACCCCUGCCUCUACAGCCAGCACAACCUCUGGUCCUGGAACUACUCCCAGCCCUGUUCCCACCACCAGCACAACCUCUGCUCCUACAACCAGCACAACCUCUGGUCCUGGAACUACUCCCAGCCCUGUUCCCACCACCAGCACAACCUCUGCUCCUACAACCAGCACAACCUCUGCCUCUACAGCCAGCACAACCUCUGGUCCUGGAACUACUCGCAGCCCUGUUCCCACCAGGAGCACAACCUCUGCUCCUACAACCAGCACAAGCUCUGGUCCUGGAAUUACUCCCAGCCCUGUUCCCACCACCAGCACAAUCUCUGCUCCUACAACCAGCACAAUCUCUGGUCCUGGAACUACUCCCAGCCCUGUUCCCACCACCAGCACAACCUCUGCUCCUACAACCAGCACAACCUCUGCCUCUACAGCCAGCACAACCUCUGGUCCUGGAACUACUCCCAGCCCUGUUCCCACCACCAGCACAACCCCUGUUUCAAAGACCAGCACAAGCCAUGUUUCUGUAUCCAAGACAACCCACUCCCAACCAGUCACCAGAGACUGUCAUCCCCGGUGCACCUGGACCAAGUGGUUUGACGUGGACUUCCCGUCCCCUGGACCCCACGGCGGGGACAAGGAAACCUACAACAACAUCAUCAGGAGUGGGGAAAAAAUCUGCCGCCGACCUGAGGAGAUCACCAGGCUCCAGUGCCGAGCCGAGAGCCACCCGGAGGUGAGCAUCGAACACCUGGGCCAGGUGGUGCAGUGCAGCCGUGAAGAGGGCCUGGUGUGCCGGAACCAGGACCAGCAGGGACCCUUCAAGAUGUGCCUCAACUACGAGGUGCGUGUGCUCUGCUGCGAGACCCCCAGAGGCUGCCCCGUGACCUCCACACCUGUGACAGCUCCUAGCACCCCUAGUGGGAGAGCCACCAGCCCCACUCAGAGCACUUCCUCUUGGCAGAAAUCCAGGACAAACACUUUGGUGACAACCAGCACAACCUCCACUCCACAGACCAGCACAACCUCUGCCCCUACAACCAGCACAACCUCUGCUCCUACAGCCAGAACAACCUCUGCUCCUACAACCAGCACAACCUCCACUCCACAGACCAGCACAACCUCGGCUCCUACCACCAGCACAACCUCUGCUCCUACAAGCAGCACAAUCUCUGCCCCUACAACCAGCACAACCUCUGCUCCUACAAGCAGCACAAUCUCUGCCCCUACAACCAGCACAACCUCUUUCCAUACAACCAGCACAAUCUCUGCUCCUACAACCAGCACCACCUCUCCCCCUACAAGCAGCACAAGCUCCACUCCACAGACCAGCAAAACCUCAGCUGCUACAAGCAGCACAACCUCCGGUUCUGGAACUACUCCCAGCCCCGUUCCCACCACCAGCACAGCCUCUGUUUCAAAGACCAGCACAAGCCAUGUUUCUGUAUCCAAGACAACCCACUCCCAACCAGUCACCAGAGACUGUCAUCCCCGGUGCACCUGGACCAAGUGGUUUGACGUGGACUUCCCGUCCCCUGGACCCCACGGCGGGGACAAGGAAACCUACAACAACAUCAUCAGGAGUGGGGAAAAAAUCUGCCGCCGACCUGAGGAGAUCACCAGGCUCCAGUGCCGAGCCGAGAGCCACCCGGAGGUGAGCAUCGAACACCUGGGCCAGGUGGUGCAGUGCAGCCGUGAAGAGGGCCUGGUGUGCCGGAACCAGGACCAGCAGGGACCCUUCAAGAUGUGCCUCAACUACGAGGUGCGUGUGCUCUGCUGCGAGACCCCCAGAGGCUGCCCCGUGACCUCCACACCUGUGACAGCUCCUAGCACCCCUAGUGGGAGAGCCACCAGCCCCACUCAGAGCACUUCCUCUUGGCAGAAAUCCAGGACAAACACUUUGGUGACAACCAGCACAACCUCCACUCCACAGACCAGCACAACCUCUGCCCCUACAACCAGCACAACCUCUGCUCCUACAGCCAGAACAACCUCUGCUCCUACAACCAGCACAACCUCCACUCCACAGACCAGCACAACCUCUGCCCCUACAACCAGCACAAUCCCUGCUUCUACACCCAGCACAAACUCUGCCCCUACAACCAACACAACCUCUGCCCCUACAACCAGCACGACCUCAGCUCCUACACACAGAACGACUUCUGGUCCUACAACCAGCACAACCUUGGCUUCUACAACCAGCACAACCUCUGCUCCAACAACCAGCACAAACUCUGCUCCUACAACCAGCACAAUCUCUGCCUCUACAACAAGCACAAUCUCUGCCCCUACAACCAGCACAAUCUCUUCCCCUACAAGCAGCACAACCUCCACUCCACAGACCAGCAAAACCUCAGCUGCUACAAGCAGCACAACCUCCGGUUCUGGAACUACUCCAAGCCCUGUUCCCACCACCAGCACAACCUCUGCCUCUACAACCAGCACAACUUCUGCUCGUACAACCAGCACAACCUCUGGUCCUGGAACUACUCCAAGCCCUGUUCCCAGCAUCAGUACAACCUCUGCUGCUACAACCAGCACAACCUCUGCUCCUACAACCAGAACAACCUCUGCUUCUACAACCAGCACAAUCUCUCCUCCCACCACCAGCACAACCUCUGCUCCUACAACCAGCACAACCUCUGCCUCUGCAGCCAGCACAACCUCUGGUCCUGGAACUACUCCCAGCCCUGUUCCCACCACCAGCACAGCCUCUGUUUCAAAGACCAGCACAAGCCAUGUUUCUGUAUCCAAGACAACCCACUCCCAACCAGUCACCAGAGACUGUCAUCCCCGGUGCACCUGGACCAAGUGGUUUGACGUGGACUUCCCGUCCCCUGGACCCCACGGCGGGGACAAGGAAACCUACAACAACAUCAUCAGGAGUGGGGAAAAAAUCUGCCGCCGACCUGAGGAGAUCACCAGGCUCCAGUGCCGAGCCGAGAGCCACCCGGAGGUGAGCAUCGAACACCUGGGCCAGGUGGUGCAGUGCAGCCGUGAAGAGGGCCUGGUGUGCCGGAACCAGGACCAGCAGGGACCCUUCAAGAUGUGCCUCAACUACGAGGUGCGUGUGCUCUGCUGCGAGACCCCCAGAGGCUGCCCCGUGACCUCCACACCUGUGACAGCUCCUAGCACCCCUAGUGGGAGAGCCACCAGCCCCACUCAGAGCACUUCCUCUUGGCAGAAAUCCAGGACAAACACUUUGGUGACAACCAGCACAACCUCCACUCCACAGACCAGCACAACCUCUGCCCCUACAACCAGCACAACCUCUGCUCCUACAGCCAGAACAACCUCUGCUCCUACAACCAGCACAACCUCCACUCCACAGACCAGCACAACCUCUGCCCCUACAACCAGCACAAUCCCUGCUUCUACACCCAGCACAACCUCUGCCCCUACAACCAGCACAAUCCCUGCUUCUACACCCAGCACAACCUCUGCCCCUACAACCAGCACAAUCCCUGCUUCUACACCCAGCACAACCUCUGCCCCUACAACCAGCACAACUUCUGCCCCUACAACCAGCACAACCUCCACUACACAGACCAGCACAACCUCUGCCCCUACAACCAGCACAAUCCCUGCUUCUACACCCAGCACAACCUCUGCCCCUACAACCAGCACAACCUCUGCUCCCACAACCAGCACAACUUCUGCCCCUACAACCAGAACAACCUCCACUCCACAAACCACCACAUCCUCUGCCCCUACAAGCAGCACAACCUCGGCUCCUACCACCAGCACAACCUCUGCUCCUACAAGCAGCACAAUCUCUGCCCCUACAACCAGCACAACCUCUUUCCAUACAACCAGCACAAUCUCUGCUCCUACAACCAGCACCACCUCUCCCCCUACAAGCAGCACAAGCUCCACUCCACAGACCAGCAAAACCUCAGCUGCUACAAGCAGCACAACCUCCGGUUCUGGAACUACUCCCAGCCCCGUUCCCACCACCAGCACAGCCUCUGUUUCAAAGACCAGCACAAGCCAUGUUUCCAAAUCCAGGACAAACACUUUGGUGACAACCAGCACAACCUCCACUCCACAGACCAGCACAACCUCUGCCCCUACAACCAGCACAACCUCUGCUCCUACAGCCAGAACAACCUCUGCUCCUACAACCAGCACAACCUCCACUCCACAGACCAGCACAACCUCUGCCUCUACAGCCAGCACAACCUCUGGUCCUGGAACUACUCCCAGCCCUGUUCCCACCACGAGCACAACCUCUGCUCCUACAACCAGCACAACCUCGGGUCCUGGAACUACUCCCAGCCCUGUUCCCACCACCAGCACAACCUCUGCUCCUACAACCAGAACAACCCCUGCCUCUACAGCCAGCACAACCUCUGGUCCUGGAACUACUCCCAGCCCUGUUCCCACCACCAGCACAACCUCUGCUCCUACAACCAGCACAACCUCUGGUCCUGGAACUACUCCCAGCCCUGUUCCCACCACCAGCACAACCUCUGCUCCUACAACCAGCACAACCUCUGCCUCUACAGCCAGCACAACCUCUGGUCCUGGAACUACUCCCAGCCCUGUUCCCACCACCAGCACAACCCCUGUUUCAAAGACCAGCACAAGCCAUGUUUCUGUAUCCAAGACAACCCACUCCCAACCAGUCACCAGAGACUGUCAUCCCCGGUGCACCUGGACCAAGUGGUUUGACGUGGACUUUCCAUCCCCUGGACCCCACGGCGGGGACAAGGAAACCUACAACAACAUCAUCAGGAGUGGGGAAAAAAUCUGCCGCCGACCUGAGGAGAUCACCAGGCUCCAGUGCCGAGCCGAGAGCCACCCGGAGGUGAGCAUCGAACACCUGGGCCAGGUGGUGCAGUGCAGCCACGAAGAGGGCCUGGUGUGCCGGAACCAGGACCAGCGGGGACCCUUCAAGAUGUGCCUCAACUACGAGGUGCGUGUGCUCUGCUGCGAGACCCCCAGAGGCUGCCCGGUGACCUCUGUGACCCCAUAUGGGACUUCUCCUACCAAUGCCCUGUAUCCUUCCCUGUCUACUUCCGUGGCAUCCACCUCCAUGGCAUCCACUUCCGUGGCAUCCACCUCCGUGGCAUCCACCUCCGUGGCAUCCACCUCCGUGGCAUCCAGCUCUGUGGCAUCCAGCUCUGUGGCUUACUCCACCCAAACCUGCUUCUGCAACGUAGCUGACCGGCUCUACCCUGCGGGAUCCAUCAUAUACCGCCACAGAGACCUCGCUGGCCACUGCUAUUAUGCCCUGUGUAGCCAGGACUGCCAAGUGGUCAGAGGGGUCGACAGUGACUGUCCGUCUACCACGCUGCCUCCUGCCCCAGCCACGUCCCCUUCAACAUCCACCUCUGAGCCCGUCACUGAGCUGGGAUGCCCAAAUGCGGUUCCCCCCAGAAAGAAAGGUGAGACCUGGGCCACACCCAACUGCUCCGAGGCCACCUGUGAGGGCAACAACGUCAUCUCCCUGCGCCCGCGCACGUGCCCGAGGGUGGAGAAGCCCACUUGUGCCAACGGCUACCCGGCCGUGAAGGUGGCUGACCAAGAUGGCUGCUGCCAUCACUACCAGUGCCAAUGUGUGUGCAGCGGCUGGGGUGACCCCCACUACAUCACCUUCGACGGCACCUACUACACCUUCCUGGACAACUGCACGUACGUGCUGGUGCAGCAGAUUGUGCCCGUGUAUGGCCACUUCCGCGUGCUCGUCGACAACUACUUCUGCGGUGCGGAGGACGGGCUCUCCUGCCCGAGGUCCAUCAUCCUGGAGUACCACCAGGACCGCGUGGUGCUGACCCGCAAGCCAGUCCACGGGGUGAUGACGAACGAGAUCAUCUUCAACAACAAGGUGGUCAGCCCCGGCUUCCGGAAAAACGGCAUCGUGGUCUCGCGCAUCGGCAUCAAGAUGUACGCGACCAUCCCGGAGCUGGGAGUCCAGGUCAUGUUCUCCGGCCUCAUCUUCUCCGUGGAGGUGCCCUUCAGCAAGUUUGCCAACAACACCGAGGGCCAGUGCGGCACUUGCACCAAUGACAGGAAGGAUGAGUGCCGCACGCCUAGGGGGACGGUGGUCGCUUCCUGCUCUGAGAUGUCCGGCCUCUGGAACGUGAGCAUCCCUGACCAGCCAGCCUGCCACCGGCCUCACCCGACGCCCACCACGGUCGGGCCCACCACAGUUGGGUCUACCACGGUCGGGCCCACCACAGUUGGGUCUACCACGGUCGGGCCCACCACACCUCCUGCUCCGUGCCUGCCAUCACCCAUCUGCCAGCUGAUUCUGAGCAAGGUCUUUGAGCCGUGCCACACCGUGAUCCCCCCACUGCCGUUCUAUGAGGGCUGCGUCUUUGACCGGUGCCACAUGACGGACCUGGAUGUGGUGUGCUCCAGCCUGGAGCUGUACGCGGCGCUCUGCGCGUCCCACGACAUCUGCAUCGAUUGGAGAGGCCGGACCGGCCACAUGUGCCCAUUCACCUGCCCAGCCGACAAGGUGUACCAGCCCUGCGGCCCGAGCAACCCCUCCUACUGCUACGGGAAUGACAGCGCCAGCCUCGGGGCUCUGCCGGAGGCCGGCCCCAUCACCGAAGGCUGCUUCUGUCCGGAGGGCAUGACCCUCUUCAGCACGAGUGCCCAAGUCUGCGUGCCCAUGGGCUGCCCCAGGUGUCUGGGGCCCCACGGAGAGCCAGUGAAGGUGGGCCACACCGUCGGCAUGGACUGCCAGGAGUGCACGUGUGAGGUGGCCACGUGGACGCUGACCUGCCGACCCAAGCUCUGCCCGCUGCCCCCUGCCUGCCCCCUGCCCGGCUUCGUGCCUGUGCCUGCAGCCCCACAGGCCGGCCAGUGCUGCCCCCAGUACAGCUGCGCCUGCAACACCAGCCGCUGCCCUGCGCCCGUGGGCUGUCCUGAGGGCGCCCGCGCGAUCCCGACCUACCAGGAGGGGGCCUGCUGCCCGGUCCAAAACUGCAGCUGGACAGUGUGCAGCAUCAACGGGACCCUGUACCAGCCCGGCGCCGUGGUCUCCUCGAGCCUGUGUGAAACCUGCAGAUGUGAGCUGCCGGGCGGCCCCCCGUCAGACGCGUUUGUGGUCAGCUGUGAGACCCAGAUCUGCAACACACACUGCCCUGUGGGCUUCGAGUACCAGGAGCAGAGCGGGCAGUGCUGUGGCACCUGUGUGCAGGUCGCCUGUGUCACCAACACCAGCAAGAGCCCCGCCCACCUGUUCUAUCCCGGCGAGACCUGGUCAGACCCCGGGAACCACUGUGUGACCCACGAGUGUGAGAAGCACCGGGACGGGCUCGUGGUGGUCACCACGAAGAAGGCGUGCCCCCCGCUCAGCUGUUCUCUGGACAAGGCCCGCAUGAGCAAGGACGGCUGCUGCCGCUUCUGCCCGCCGCCCCCGCCCCCGUACCAGAACCAAUCGACCUGUGCUGUGUACCAUAGAAGCCAGAUCAUCCAGCAGCAGGGCUGCAGCUCCUCGGAGCCCGUGCGCCUGGCUUACUGCCGGGGGAACUGUGGGGACAGCUUUUCCAUGUACUCGCUCGAGGGCAACAUGGUGGAGCACAGGUGCCAGUGCUGCCAGGAGCUGCGGACCUCGCUGAGGAAUGUGACCCUGCACUGCACCGAUGGCUCCAGCCGGGCCUUCAGCUACACCGAGGUGGAAGAGUGCGGCUGCAUGGGCCGGCGGUGCCCUGCGCCGGGCGACACCCAGCACUCGGAGGAGGCGGAACCCGAGCCCAGCCCGGAGGCAGAGAGUGGGAGCUGGGAGAGAGGCGUCCCAGUGUCCCCCAUCCACUGACCAGCACUGCCGCCCUCCUGACCUCCAAGGAGAACCUCCCAUAUGUCCUCUGAGCUCGGCUUCCAAGGCCAGUGGAACUUGUGCCCCUGUCCAGGCGGCUGCAGCUUUGAACACACUGUCCAUGCCUGCUUUCUUGUGGAGGGUGUGGGCUAUGGGUCACCUGCUGCCUGGAGGAGGGGCCCUUACCCACCCCGCCUGCAGCCACCUCUCAGGACCAGCCCCGGGGCUGGCCGAGCUCCUCUGGCCAUGCAUCCAGCCUGCUGUUCUGGGGACGUGAGCAUCACCUGAGGGUCUCAGGAAUGACGCUUGGACAUGGUGAUCAGCUGCCUGGUGGCUGCAGGAGGAAGAACCUCACUCCUACCUCAGCCCUCAGCCUGCGCUCCCCUCCUCAGUACACGGCCAAUCUGUUGCAUAAAUACACUUGAGCAUUUUGC